AUGACUUUUUGUCAAAGUAUCCCGGGCGUCGCGUCGCACUCCGCGCCUCGCGCCUCGCGUCGUCGCAGGCAUGGGCAAACGCGCCAAGGGGAAGCAUCGAUUAGGUACGACGUCGUUCGCCGCGCGCGAGCCGCGCGCGACGCGCGAGCCGCGCGCGAGCCGCGCGCGAGUUGCGCCGCCGCCGCCGCCGCCGCAAACCGAAUCGACGCCGCGUCGACGCGCGCGAGCGCCAGACUGACCCGCGAGCGCGCGAGAUGCGCGCGAUCGAUCGCAGAUAAGUACUACUACCUCGCCAAGGAGCAAGGGUUCCGCUCGCGCGCGGCGUUUAAGCUCGUGCAGUUGAACCGGAAGUAUGACUUUUUGUCAAAGGCGCGCGCGUGCAUGGAUCUGUGCGCCGCGCCCGGUGGAUGGCUGCAAGUGGCGCAGAAAUACAUGCCCAUGAGCUCGACGAUCGUGGGGGUGGAUUUAGCGCCGAUUCGACCGAUUCGAGGGGUGACGACGCUGGUGGAGGAUAUCACGACGCAGAGCUGUCGCGCGGCGCUGAAACGCGUGACGCCGCAGGGAUUAAAGUACGACGUGGUGAUACACGAUGGGGCGCCGAACGUCGGUGGGAACUUCGCGAAGGAGUCGUACACGCAGGCGGCGCUGACGUUGGAUUCGUUGCGGCUGGCGACGGAGUUUUUGGGGCCGGGAGGGUGGUUCGUGACGAAGGUUUUCCGGAGCGUCGAGUAUCACGCGUUGUUGUACGCGUUUCAACAGUUGUUUAAAAAGGUUGAGAGCACCAAGCCCGUGGCGUCGCGCGGAACCUCGGCUGAAAUUUACGUGGUGUGUAGUGGGUACCUGGCGCCGACGAAGAUUGAUCCAAGAUUAUUGGAUGCGAGGCAUUUGUUUGCGGACACCGAGGCGGAGAUUCAGCCGCUCGACGUCACGAAGGACAACGGCAAGCGAAAGCGGAAUCGUAGCGGUUACGAAGACGGCGUGUCCACGCUGUACAAAGAAUGCACGGCGGAAGAAUUCAUCGUGAACGAAAAGCCGGGAGAAAUGCUUGGGAGUCAUCACACGUUUAUUUUGGACGGCAAGGUGCGUCGUCAAGAGCGCGACGUUUUUCUCGCGGCGAUCGAAAGCUUAUGA